AUGACGACGCAAGUCCUCAUGUUCUCGCAGCCUCGGACGGCAUGCCAUGUCCUGGAGCGGGUGCUUUCGAAACAAUCGGAUACUGUCUAUUUUGGUCAUGCUUUCCAGGAGUCAAUCCCCAUAGCUGCAGAGUGGGAGAGCAAAAAGUCUUGUCUUGAUGGCAUGCCCGAGCCUGAGAAAGCAAAGUACGAGGCUGCUGUUGCAAGGGAAUGUAAUCGGUGGAAGCAGGAGCUUGACGCUGCGGCAAGCAAAAACCAGAAGCUUUUCUUGCACACUCAUCCGUACUUCAUCACCUCAAGGGAACGUGCCCUUGAGUAUCUCAAAUCUCCAAAGGAUGACCAGCUCGCUACCGAAAAGCAAGUCUUGGUUCCAGAUGAGCUUCUCCUCCAUUCUGGUGUUCGGCCCUUUUUCGUCAUUCGUCACCCCUACCUGUGGAUUCCGUCGGCUGUACGUGCUACUACUUCGAACUUGAAGUUUGGCGGAUUUGGUGAUGGUGGCAAGAGUAUCUACUACUUGGUCGGGAGUUUGACAUGGUCUCGGGAAUUGUUUGAUUGGUAUCAAAGCAAGGGUGUGAUACCCGCUGUCGUCGACGCAGAAGACUUCCUCGGAGACGAAGCUUACGUGCGGCAUCUAUGCGAUAAGAUUGGCCUCAAUCCGGCCGAAGUGGUGCUAUCAUGGGAGAAGGACGCAGAAACGUUCGAUGAAGAGAUGCCUGAGCUUUUGCGUAACGUGCAGAAGAAUCUGUUGGACUCAUCGGGAGCAAAGGCGGGCCGCAAAGCGAAGGACAUUGAUUUGCAGGCAGAGCAAGUCAAGUGGGAUGCCGAGUUCGGAGAGGACUCCCGACUUGUGCGAGAGUUGGUCGACCUGGCUAUGCCGCACUAUGAGUACCUGUGGAAGCAGAGACUUGCCAUGUAG